AUGGUGCCGAAAACCAGAAAGGAAUACAGUGAUGUCGACAGAAAAGCUGUUAAAAAGAACUUUCGUGCUAAAAAGAUCUUGGUGUGUGGUAUAGGACCUGAUGAAUACAAUAGAAUCUCAGCUUGUCAAACUGCCAAGGAGAUAUGGGAAGCAUUGCAAAUGGCACAUGAAGGAACUACUCAGGUUAAACAGUCCGAGAUCGACAUGCUCACCACUGCGUUUGAGCUUUUCAGGAUGAAGGAUGACGAAUCAAUGCACGACAUGCACACAAGAUUCACUUCUAUCAUAAAUGAGCUGCAUUCACUUGGAGAAAUUAUUCCUAGAAAUAAGCUUGUAAGGAAGGUUCUUAGUGUCUUACCCAGCUCAUGGGAGAGUAAGGUGAACGCUAUUACUAAAGCCAAAGACCUGCAAACUUUAACCAUGGAUGAGCUGGUUGGGAAUCUGAAGACAUACGAGAUGAAGAGAAAGAAAGAUACUGACAAUAUUAUAAAGCAAGCUCUUGCUGCAUGGGGAGACUCGUCCAGUGAAUCAGAAGAAGAAACUGAUGCAAGAGACAACUCCAUGAUGGCAGUGGAAAUUGGAGCAAAGAAAUAUGACUCACUGGAAGUUCAGAGGAAUCUAAAAUCCUAUUCUCCUAAGAAACUGAUGUCAUUAGCUAAUGUUCUCAUUGAUGCAUAUCAUAGUCUUGUUAAUGAUAAGGAUGCAUGGACCAUAAAGUUAGGAGAUGCUGAACAGACUAGGGAUGACUUGGUAGUCUGUGUGGUCGAUUUAAAGGAAACCAUAGAUAAUCUUGAAAAGGAAAAAGAAGCUCUAACUGGAAAGAUCAAUAGUAUAGAAAAUGAGAGAGAUAAUCUGAUGGUAGUGGUUGUUGACUUGAAAGAAACCAUAGAAAACCUUAGCAAAGAAAAGAAUACUCUCGCAGAAAAAGUUGCAGCUACUGAGCAAGAGAGGGAUGAUUUUUUGGUGGUAAUCGCAAACCUAGAGGAAACAAUUGAGGGAAUUAAAUCAGAACAUAUGCCUGUAAGCAUUGAGAAAGGGAAGGAAGUAGUUAGUGAGGCACACAUCAAACUUGAAAAAGAAUUAAAUGAAGUGAAAACUAGUCUAUGUGGUGAGCUUGAGAAAAAUAGGCAACUUCAAGCAGAAUUAGAGAAAGUAAAAACUGAUCUUGAGAAAUCUCUCAAGUGGACCUGGUCCUCAAAUGCUGUUACUGCCAUCAAGUACGUCACUAUACCUGAUAACUGGCUUUUUACCCACUGUGGGAACAACGGGCACUUCAAGGAAAAUUGCCAGGCUAGAGUUCAAUUUGUUCAGAAAAACAAAGUUUAUGCUGAAAAAGUGAUUACUAAGAAGGGACCAGGUGCCACGCGCAAAAAACGGAACAGUGAGAGGAAGCAGCCUACAGUGGAUCAUGGACAGUGGAUGCUCGAAGCACAUGAUUGGAAACACCAUAGAUUUUCUCUCACUGAAAGCCCUGUUGGAAAGUCUCUUUCACACUCAAUUGAGAACGUGUACUAUGUGGAUAGUUUGAAGUAUAGUCUCUUGAGUGUCUCUCAAAUAUGUGAUAAACGGAACAAAGUAGAGUUCUUGUCUAAGGUGUGCACAGUUACUAAUUUAGUAACUGGUGAAGUGAUUCUAAUAGCCAAAAGAUACAAAAAUAUCUAUGUUGCUGAUUUUGAGUCUCUACAAGCUGAUGAUAUGAGAUGCCUGAAGGUAGUUGAUGAUGAUGCAGAAUUGUGGCAUAGAAGAUUGGGACAUUCAAGCUUUUCCCUUUUGAAUAAGCUGAUACAGAAGAACCUGGUUCGUGGUCUGCCAAAUUCAAAGUUCAAGGAGCACAGAGUGUGUGAUGCAUGUCCUAGAGGAAAACAUGUGAAAUCAUCCUUUAAGCCAAAGAAGGAUGUCAGCACAUCAAAGCCACUCGAACUCCUUCAUAUGGAUCUUUGUAGUCCUAUGAGAGUACCAAGCAGGGGUGGAAAGAAAUAUAUCUUUGUGAUUGUAGAUGACUAUUCAAGGUUCACUUGGACACUGUUUCUUAGAACAAAAGAUGAGACAUUUAAAAUAUUUGUGGCCUUUGUUAAGAAAAUCCAAGUGAAGAUGGAACCGAAGGUAGCGUGCAUCAGAUCUGACCAUGGAAUAGAAUUCGACAAUGCCAAGUUUGAUGAGUUUUGUAGUGAAAAUGGGAUUACUCACAACUUCUCAACUCCAAGGACUUUAUAG